AUGGACGGCCCAGUCGACUAUACCACACAGAGAGCUCUUGCAAUCGUCUUCAUAGCUUCUUCGAAAGCCAAUCGUCGGGCGAUACUGGGACUCCAUCGGCCAGCUCUCGAGGCAUUUACCAGCCAGCACGGCAACAUCGAUCGUGCUCUCCGCUUGAUAGUGCAAGUACUUGUCGAGCGCAGCACUGAUGGUGGGGAAGACCGGGCUUCAGCAACCGAGCCAAGUGUAGAUGCCAUGGAUACAAUCUCUGAGGCUAGUGACGCGAACAGUGCCGAUGAACCAGAGGAGGAGGACCGCCUUCGGCAGGCGGUCCAAAACAUGGUGGAUGCCAUGGAAGGUGUAGUAGAGGCAUUGGGGCUGACACCGGUACAAGUGCGAAACUUUGUUGAUGCGUUGCGCCACCUCCGCCGUCAUCAGGGCGAGCGCAGGCUGUAG